AUGCAUGUAGGUACACUAUACACUGUGACCAUCGCAUCUGCACCGCAAGUCCAACAGCAUACACCGGCUCCCCACGUGCCGGUGCGCCCUCCGGCUCCUCCGCGGCCACCUCGCCCCCUGCCUGGGCCUCCCUCCCCGCCUCGCUCAGUCCCUCCCGAUCGACCACAAGCCAACAAACCACCGACCCGCCAUCAAAACCUUAACAUCCUACAACUCAACAUUGACGGCCUACGCACCAAGCAUGCCCUAUAUAGAUCCACCUCCCCAGAUAUCACCUUCUGCUCCCCAUCACUAUCGCACAGGAUUUCCUGGAGAGCAGAAACAGACCUCUCAUCUGACCACUUACCCAUUAUCAUCACACUGCCUUCCACCAAAGGCACCAAUUUUCACACAUCACAAACCAUUCGCAACUACAAUAGAAGCUCCUGGGAAGAAUUCGCCAGGGAAACGGAGGUCCGCUUCCAGGAGCUGAACACACAACCCAUCACCAACAUCGACCACACCCUCACCCACUUCAACACCAUCAUCGCCGAAGCUGAUAAGAAACAUGUCUUCAAGGGAAACAGGAAGAAGUACAACCCCAAUUUCACACCUGACAUCUCUCGUCUCAUCAGAACACGCAACAACUUACGAUGCACACCAACACCACACUCACAGGCAACUACAGACCACAUCCACGAACUGAAUGAACAAAUCAAAACCUCUAUAAGGAACAGACAGAAGCAACGCUGGGAGGAGUUCGUGGCGACACUAGACCACAGGACCAAUUCCUCCAAACUAUAUAGAACAAUCCGCAGCCUCACUAACUCCAACAGUGGACUCACCCCAUCUCAUUCGGCGGGUCAGGCUGCGGCCAAGGCAGAGGCAGCGAGACGGCAGAAGGAGGAGCAGGAGGCGGCUGAGGCUGCGGCCAAGGCAGAGGCAGCGAGACGGCAGGAGGAGGAGGCGGCUGAGGCUGCGGCCAAGGCAGAGGCAGCGAGACGGCAGGAGGAGGAGCAGGAGGUGAGGUGGUGGUGGUGGUUGGUGGUGGUGGUGACUGAAGCGUCUUCGCAGGCUCAUGAAGCGGCCCUGGCCUCGCUCCGCGAGGAUCAUAAAGCGGCCCUGGCCUCGCUCCGCGAGGAGCACGAAGCGGCCCUGGCCUCGCUCCGUGAGGAGCAUGAAGCUGCCCUGGCUUCGCUCCGUGAGGAGCAUGAAGCUGCCCUGGCCUCGCUCCGUGAGGAGGUCGAGCGACUCCAGCUGCAGCUACGAGAGAGAGAAGCGUUGAUCAAGGAGCUGCAGCAAAAACG